GUCCGCCCCACCGAAGGCGAGGAUAGGAGAAGGAAGCGGAAAUGGCUUCCUUGGAUCUCUCCUCCUUUUCUUACCACAAGUUUGUGGAGUUCGCGUUCCAGGAGGCCAAGCUUCGCGCCGACCUUAUUCCGUUUCCCUCCCACGAUUCUAUGCAAGGAAGUGUUUUGCGCCUGAACACUUGACAUCCGGUGGUUUCCUCACUAAAAUGGAGCAUAUCUAGUGCUUUACUAAUUCUGGGAGCUGUGUAUUAAGGAAACAUUAUGUUUAACAACUCGUAGUAGUGCUCCUACUUGGAGACUGAACAUGUUUCUAAGUCCUUGACUUCUAGCUGACGCUUCUGCCUAUCCGUAGGGCAUGUGUGAGCUGGUGCCGACUUGCUCCUUUGGUUAUCUACAGGGAAUAUUGCUCAGGUAGUGUUUGUGCUAUACCCUCCUGCGGCCAAAGUAGGCUGAUUGGUUGAAGUGUGGGGAUGUAGUCUUGCUAGGAUUUAUUAAGCUCAAAAUCUUCUUUUUUCUUUAUAAAUAAAUCUAUUCACAGAACUUAGAAUGUGAUAAGCUUACCUAAAAUGGUCAAGAUUCUAUUGGGCUAUGCUCUAAAAGGUUGCUUAUUUAGAAUGGAAUGGAAUGGAAUGGGAGAAGCUAAGAAUGAAGACAAAUUAGCUUGUCUCCCAUGUUGACUCUCCGCCUAACAUUCCAAGUAAACAGGGAUUAAAAUAUUGGAUAAGGACUUGGUGUUAAGUUCUUCUACAAUGUGGCGCCUUCUGGAUUGGUUUCCUACCUAUCUGACUUCAUUUGAUAUGGAUUCUGAAUUAUCAGAAAGUUACCAUACAAAUUCAGGAGAAAUUUAAAUCAUUAAGGUCAAAAGACAACAAUAUUAUGCUUCAUACACUUUCUUUUCAUGCCCCUCCUAAAAUCAGACUUAUCAGAAGUUUGACAGUUGAAGGGAAUUCCGGUAUGCAGGUCCUUGAUUUUGCUGUGUUUCCUGAACCAGAAUUUGAUCUUCCUAUAUUUUGUGCCAAUUUUUUUGCUACUGCUAACUUGAGCAUUGUCGUUUUGGAUCUUAAUCCACUUUAUGAUGUCACCAUUGAUACAGCUUACAAACAUAAAUACUAUAGAGAGUUACUACCGCUUGGCCAGAAAUACUUUGAGCUUCUUCCAUGGGGAGGUAAUAUUACGAGUGAAUCUUUGAGAUUCUUCUCACCAAUUGUGAUAUGGUCAAGAUUCAGUUCCAGCCAAUUCAAGUAUGAUGUUCUGUAUUCUGCAUUCAUGGAAUAUUUUAAGGCAUGGCUGGUGUUGAUGGAACAAGCAGUAAAAGAAACAUCUGCCUUUCAGAUUUGUCGGAAUUGUGAUGCACAGCACAAAUAUCUUACAUGGAGAGCAGAAAAGGACCCAGGACAUCCGAUAUUGAAGAAAUUGGUAGGCGAAAAUCUUGCAAAGGAAUUGCUGCGAGACUUUCUAUUUCACGGAGUUGGUUCACUAGGUACAAAAACAUUCUUGGACUACUUUCCAGAAUACAAUUGUGCAGAUGGCACAGUGAAUCGAAAGCGCAGCGUGAUGGGGAAGUCUUAUGAGACCCGUCCAUGGGAUGCGAACGGAGAAUUCAUUGGAAAUGGACCUGGAUAAUUUAAUUGUUAUCGUAUAGAGGUCGUUCUUGUAACUGUGAUGAUGAUGAUGAUACUUGCUGCUCAAAUUUGGCAAUGUCGGUGCUAUGUUACCUUGUCUUGUAUUUUAGUCAUUGGCGGUCAGCUAUGAAUUGAUUUAUGAUUUAUCUUUCUUCAUAUAUAAUCUAAGGACGGACAGUAAGGAGCA